GUCUCACCUUCUGCAGUCACCGCAAGGGUAGAAACUAAAGCUGCUCACGUCAACUACGUGCAGAGAGCCCAUCUAGAGUACCUCAAGCCACCGAGGGCACUGCCAAAUGGGAGUGUACUGAGCACGUCCAAGAACCGCCACCUUCGAAGAGGCCGCACAAUUUUCCGGCGUCUCACAAGAUGCGCUGAUGGGACACUGCGCUCGUUCACCCGGGAGAGCGCUGUUCGCGAGCGAUGUUCAUCGGCGACUUCUCACAUUCACACGGCCCCCUUGCUCACGUCAAUUAAGAAUCCUGUCAUGGAAGCUCCAAAAAAAGAGAUUGAACCUUGCAAGAGGUUCUCCUUCCUCGGGUCAUGUGUCAGCACAAAUCAUGAGCUGCCAGAGCUGAACGGGGAAAAGUUGUUUUCCAGAUCGGAAAAAAAAUGUUGUAACACAGGUUGGUUUAUUCCGGUACCCAAGGAUGUGCCAUCGCGUGCAUUGCAGGGAAGUCCUCCUGUCUGUCGCACUGCUACAAGUCACAGUUUAUCACAAGAGCCCUCUUUGUGUCAUUAUUUUAAGCCAAUUAUAAAGCAGAAGUCUCUUAGUUUGAUGGACUGUGCCCAGGAAAAGGCAUCGACAGAUCAUAAAAAGGCGAGCAUGGAUUUUGGGAGUAGAGAUAUCGUACUAAAUUACUUUGAGGGACAACAGAGAGACACCACUUCGAACCAGUGGAAGACAUCUAGCCUGCCAAAGCUGAACAAAAGCUGCUGGAAAAAAGAGCACAAAUAUUCGUUUAAAAAUAGAACCGCUUGUGAACCUGUGACCUCUUAUGAAUUGAAGCAGAACUCAUGUCGUGCAGUUUGCAACCGUGAAGAAAUCUGUCCCUGGGAAUUUCAAGAGUUACCAUCUUCUAAAAGUGCAAUGAACAAAAAGACUCCUGUGAAGAAGAACCUAUCCAUAGGGUCCACAAAGUUGAGCAGCUUGGAUGGAUUCCAGUUUGCAGGGAAGUUAUUCAAAGCCAUGAGGCCAAAGAAUGCUGAAGGUCAACCUAAUUCUCCUGGUGAGGCUGUAGGAAGUAAGAGCUGGCCCGCAUCAGAGCCACAGAGUGGCUCGUCAUCUCCAGCUGGGAGACGAAAUUUGAAGCCAUUUGGGGGUGAGAUUACUGCACAGAUGGAAGAAACAACCCCUGCAAGUGGCCCCAUGGAGGCUUCUCGAUUGUAUACACAUGAUGGGGCUGAACACCCUUUUCAAGAUGCAGAGACAAAUAACAUGUUAAAACUGGACACGUUGCAAACACGGGACACGGAAUUUAAAAAAUAUUGUACAUCUGCAUCAAAAAGAAGCGCAGAGACUGCGACGAAUGCUGGUUCAAGUGGGAAAUUACCAAACACGGCAUUUUAUUUACAUGAGUCACAUUUGGAGGAAAUGGUUGAAAUAUUUCCAUGGAAUUUAGAGAAUGUACAAGCAGAAAUAAACAAAAACGAGUCACCUGACUGGAAGCACACUGAAACUAAAGUGGGCAUUAAAUUAAAAACAGGAGAUACAGAAAACAAAGUCCCCUGCAGCCACGACCAUUUGAAGGAGGCUAAUCUGAAUGAAAGAUGUGCCUGGGAAAUCGACAGUGAUCAAGAAUUAACAAACAAGCUAUCACAUGCCUGCAAAAUGGAAUGUUAUGAUGUAACAGCGGACUGUAUAUCAAAGCAGAGGCCCUUGGGAUGGCCCGUAGGGUCUGAUGGAAAACAUGAGCUAGUGAACAACACUGAUGUCUACCCAUCUGGAGUUGACCUUUCACUGACAGGAAAUGCAGGCGCAUCAAUGAGUGAGACAAUGAUGGCAAACCAAUCUGCAUUUGGAAAUGACCCAUCAGAACAAACUGGUUUGGAGAUUUCACUGCGACAACAUGUGGACAUGCAUUUUGGGAAGAAGGAAAUAGAGGACAUCUCCCUGGUUAGCAUAAAAGAUAAUAUUCAAAUACAUUCAGAUGAUGUGUCUUCAUCAGAGCCAAUGGCUAGAGUUUCCCCUCCAUCUGGUCAUUCAUCAAAGACAGUCACAUUCAGAGAUCCACCUGCUUUGACACCACCUUGUGAGAAAAAAAAGUCUGAUAAGUGUGAUGUAAAAUGCUACGGAGUUACCAUCAGAGAUUUUGUUUCUUCAGGCAGAAAAAAGAGAUAAUUGCUACUCUUUGGUUUUUUCGGUAAAGUCACGUAGGUUAAAAGAAAACAAUUAAAUUAAAUCACGACGUU